CUGCUGCUUUUAUUUUAUUUUCUUCUUUUUUUGUUGCCUUCCUGGCAGCCCCCUUCGCGAACCUUGUGUCGUUCUUUACUCUCCCCUCUUCCGUUCACCGCAGUUUUGUUGUUCUUUGGCUUUGUGGGAUGAUCUGCAGAUUUCUACCCAUCCAUGAGACGCAGUCACGGCAUCCCACCAGCGAAGGUACCAAGGGCUAAUUAGAUGAGACGACUAUCGGAAUAACGUACCGACAUUCUCUCCUAAUAGCCUCUUAGUGAAUACAAAGUAUACAAAGUAUACAGUUAUUCAUGAAGUCCGCAGGUCAAUUCUCCGUCUGCUCAAUCCACUUUGCAAAGAGUCAUGGCGGAGUCUGAUAUCGAACGCCCGCAGCGUCGGUCAUCGUCACGGACGUCCUCUUCUUCCCGUCACAGCCAAAAGCCUAGACCCGUCCGUACGAGAUCUCAGAAACGACAGUCAGCUGCAUCUUCCAAUGCUACCACCACCGACCUUACGUCGUUUCCCUCCCUUUCUCCGGACCGUUCAGUGGAAGGAUUUUCCGGCAAGCCUGCGUUAAACCGCGCCCUUACGAACGCGUUGUUGGACGACCACGAGAGCAUCAAUAGUAGUAGCUCGGGUGAGAUGACUGGUCGUGAUCGAAGAGCGACCCUAGCGAAGUUGACGAGCGGAAUGCCGCGAACGUCUGGCCGUGCGGCUUUGUUUGACGAUGGUGUUCCGGUCCAUGAUUUCCCUGGUGCGCUACAUUUGGCGGACGAUGCACAUAUUGAGCGGUUGAUUGCUGGUACAGGGGCUGUGAAGUUGGUCCGGCAGUUUGCGCGCGAUCUGGCUCAGCGGGAUGCUGAGAUCUCAUCACUGAGACAGCGGGCUGACGCGAGGGAGAGAGAAUUGAAGAGGAUGCUGAGGGAGGUUUCUGUCUCCAACCAGGAUAUUGAGCGACGGCUUUAUGCAUUGGAAAAUUCGCCUCGGAAGGUUGAGAAAGAACAUGAUGAUAACGGCUCUCGCCAAGAGGAGUCGUUAGAAGCCACUGCGGCGCAAGCUACCGUUCGAGGCUUGCAACGCCUAGAGAGCGACGCCAAAUCGGGCACCUCUAGCGUCGAAUCGGGAUCAGGAACUACACGGAAGAGACAAAGCUCUCUGCGGAAUUGGCAGGAUUACCUUUUCGGCAGCAAUACAGGCAUUGAUGAAGAAGAUACUCGGCGUCACCCGAAUAACAUGGCCCGCCGGAAAGCGCUUGACGAACAACUUUUCAAUCCUCCGGAUGAGCAGGCGAUCUCUACGGGUGAGCUUAUCGGGAAACACGUGGCGGGGGUCUCGGUCAACGGGGAUGAUGCCAGUAUCCAUUCACGCAAGUCGUCAAAAUCUGUAUCGUCUUGGACAGUCAAGUUGUUUGCCGGAAAAGCCCAAGCAGGCAAGGAAGAGAACAACGUGGACGCACCGCGCGGCCGAGCUCUGUCAAACAAUCACGGGAGUAUCAGAGGAGAUCCUCCGUCCCUCCAAGCAAAUUCCAAAGGAGGAAUGUCGGCGGUGGCUGCCUUGAAAAGGAUCAACAGUAACACGAGCAUGCACGGGGCGCCAGGAAAAUCGCCAAGUGGCCUGGGUGCGAUAAACCGAUCAAAUCAGAUAGGGCGUAGGCAUGCAGCCUCAAGUGUUUCGCACGGGACAAGUUCGGAAACCACUGACAAGAACCCAACCAAUCUCGGACCAGUUGAGAUGGAUGCUAUCCUUCCGAUGGAGUCGCGACCUCCGACACUCUCACAUAUGUACAACAACUAUCAACCUGGCGAGCUUCUGACUGACAGAUUCGGGUUUAUUUAUGAUCAGCGCCGAAAAAAGCGGCAGCGAGAGGCUAGUCUGCUCAAGAAUAACAACAACCGGAUAAGCAUUGCGGAGACCCUGAACAGUUUUCGAAGCGAUAACUCGGAUGGCGAUAAUGAUGAUCUCCAGAAGCAGCCACAGUCCACUGCAGAGUCUACGCGCUCGCCCGUUUCUGCAUCUCCUGAGGACCCGGAGGCUGGUAGUGUUGCAAUCCGGAGGUGGCAGGACUACCUGAGAAUUGCGACGGGACCCGCCGAAUUGUUGUCUCAUACGCCUUCAGCUGGUCCUAUAGUGUCACUAACCGCAGGUGAGAGCCAGCCUCGAGGCCCUGGGGUUGCUGUCGAUAAGCGUGGCUCGCUCUCAGUCAAUGCGAAUGCUCAGCCGUCGGCAUCUACGUCUACUGUCGUUGCAGAUCGUCCAGAAUUCGCUGGCACAUCGAAUGAUGAGCCUACAGCUACGGCAGCAAACGCCACUGCGAACGAAAAUGAGCCUGUGAAGUUGCUUCUGGAACAAUUGACAGACCUCCACGACUCCCUGCAGCGCGACAGGAGCGUCAGGUGGAAUGAGUUUCUCCGUAAAGUGCGUGCAGAGCGGAGGAAGGAGGGCGAAGCCGCUGCCGCUGCCGCUGCCGCUUCAGAUCGGCCUUUGCAGUCUGUACAUAUGCCUGAGGCAUCCCUUACAGACGGCGAGGUUGUGGGAAUUGCUGGCCUGGGGAACAAGGGCAAAGUCGGCCGUGCGAAGUGGCGGGAGUUCCGAACUCUUGUUCUCGGAGGAAUUCCCGUUGCACUUCGAGCUAAGGUCUGGUCUGAAUGCAGCGGCGCGUCUUCCAUGCGUAUACCUGGUUACUAUGAUGACCUGGUAAAGGGUGUCGGUGGCAAUGACCCCGAUCAAUCUGUCGUUGCGCAAAUCGACAUGGACAUCAACCGGACUUUAACAGAUAACGUAUUCUUCCGCAAAGGCCCUGGUGUUACUAAGCUCAAGGAGGUUCUCCUCGCAUAUGCCCGUCGCAACUCGGAGGUGGGAUACUGCCAAGGCAUGAAUCUCAUUGCCGCGUCUCUACUUCUCAUAACGCCGACUGCAGAGGACGCGUUUUGGAUUCUAGCAUCCAUGAUCGAGAUCAUCCUCCCAGAACAUUACUACGACCAUGGUCUUCUGGCGUCCCGGGCUGACCAGGUCGUGCUGCGUCAGUACAUCUCCGAAGUUCUACCCAAGCUAGCCGCUCACCUUGAGGCGCUCGGCGUUGAAUUAGAGGCAUUGACAUUCCAGUGGUUCCUAUCCGUGUUCACGGAUUGUCUCUCUGCGGAAGCAUUGUAUCGCGUUUGGGACGUAGUCCUAUGUCUCAACGUCACCAGUGUCAUCAAUCCAACCCCAACUUCCGCCAAUACAUCAACGUCCAGCCCUCGAGAUCCCAAUGACUCCACCGCGUCCCCUAUCAAAGACCUCACCUCCGGCAAUGGUGGGGGCAGCACAUUCCUUUUCCAAGUUGCUCUUGCCCUUCUCAAGCUCAACGAACAGCAACUUCUCACAACCUGCUCCACUCCCGCCGAGCUAUACACGUAUAUCAAUCACCAAAUGACCAACCACGCAAUCAGCAUCGACGGCCUGAUACAGGCCAGCGAGGCCUUACGCAACGUCGUGCGUCGUGAAGAUGUCGUAGAGCGCAGGGCAGUCGCAAUGCGGGAGUUCGGCGCAUACAAUACGGACGAGAGUAAAUGAUUUUAUUCCUUUUCAUUUUAUUACUAUGUGUUCAACAAUACCCGAAAGAUACAUCCCCUGUUCAUGUUGCAGUCCCUUAUGAUACCACUUUUCUUUCCUUAUCUUCAAUAGACUGGCCUGGCUUCUCAAGAUUAUACGAUCCUUCAAGUUUAGAUACGUCCUUUAUCAUACAUCACCUAGCACUCUUUCAUUAGUUGUGAUUUGACUUCAGUUAGCAGCAAGCGGGCGUGAAGCAAAAUAAGAUACCCGGUUGGCCUUUUUGCUUGAGAGCAGAUGCAUACCCACCCAUUGUCACAUACGAAAUCAAGCAUCAAAAUAAGAAAAAUCUAUCCUUCCUAAGGCUAUCCAAGUACAAAAUCCUAUCUAAUACAAGAACA